CAAUAACCAUAACUCCUAAAUUUUCUUUCUUAACCAAGCAAUAUAAAACUCCCCGGAAAUACUAAUUUAUUACCUGAUUACUUCGAAGCUCUUAUUUUUCUUUUUACGGUUCCACACAAAGGGUAAAAUCAAAUGAGGAGAGUUAGUUGGUCUACUAUUUUGUUUGUGGUGAUGAUGGUAGCGUUGUUGGUGGUAGAACACGUGGUGGUUCCAGCCGCGGCGGGGAGAGUUCUAACGGAGAAUUUAGGAGAGGGAAGAGCGACGGUGAUGGAGGUGGAGAAGAUGAAGUCGACGGUGGAUUCCUGGUUUCAGAGUCUGGCGUCGGGACCGAGUCCAAGAGGUCGCGGCCAUUAGAUUACACUUUAUUUUUUCUAGGUGGAGGAGAUUGAUAUAUACCAUAUCCAUAUGGUAAUUAUACCAAAACAAACGGUCAAUAACUGUAUUCCAUUCAUUUUUUACUUUGUUUGUUAAAUUCAUACACUUAGUGGUAGAAACUAAACACUCAAUAUACAUGUACAUAUAUAAAUUUACUUUUGUUGGUGGUUAAUUUCAAUAAGAUUUUAUACUUUUAUUUUACGAGGGAAUUAUUUUGUGGUAGCUGGGAACCAAGAUGUGCAAAAUAAUAAAAUAAAGAGAAGUU